AUGUCUCAACCAUGCCGAAUUUGUGAAAAUGGUGGCAUGCUAGAACCUGCUUCUCUAACAUGUAGAUGUGAUCCAUAUUAUAAAGGUGAUUGCUGCCAAGAUAUGGUAACGUGUCAUGAUCGUCCAUGUAAACAUGGUACCUGUACCAACAUUGGGGUAACCUUUACCUGCAACUGUGACACGGGAUACAAAGGAGUAGUCUGUGAUACACAUGUGGUGACGUGUGGAGAUGAUCCCUGUAAACACGGAACCUGCACUGAUACCGGAGUCUCAUUUACCUGUAACUGUGACAUAGGUUACACAGGAGUUGUCUGUGAUACACCUUUAACCUGCACUGAUAACCCUUGUCUACAUGAUGGAAAAUGUAUCGACCCCGGAACUGGAUUUCAAUGUACAUGUCCUAACACACACAAAGGAAACGUGUGUGAAAUAGCACUGAUCUCGGAGAAGACAUCACAGCUUCUUCUUCCGGAAUGGCUUCCAUCUUUAGAGUACGGGAUACUAUCGAUCGUGUCUGUUAUAGGCCUUAUGACGACAGGAUGUGUUUGUCUAAAGUGUUGUAAGGCACUGGGUGUCAUGGAUGAAAGGAGAGAUGAGGAUACCGAUGACGAAGAUGAAGAAGAAAAUUUCAGAAAGACCAGAAAAAAUGUCACUUUUCCAGAUGAAUACGUCAAAACAAAGAGCAAAUGGAUGGACUUUUGA